UUGCAUGUCCAGUAACAUUGUCCAUUAAAGGCCAUAAGCGUCCAACUGAGCUGUAACUAGUGAUGACCAGAGGUGAUCAGCUGAACCGAAAAGCGUCUUGACUUAAAGACUGAAGAGCUUCAGCUUGAGCCUGGACAGGAAGAUGAAGAGGAAAUUCAGCCUGCUUGUGUCUGUGCUCCUCUUCGUUUCUCCAAUAUCUGGUUACGUAUUUAAGUAUGUAUCGUACACGGGUCCCGACAUGAUGACCUGGAGCGAAGCGCGGAAAUUCUGCAGGGAGCGCCACUCCGACUUGGCCACAGUUCGAUACAACGCAGACGACAAACUGCUGGCGAACACUGAAGGAUUUAUCGGACUGCACAGAGACAAUAACACAGAUGAGUGGAAAUGGUCAAGAGUAUCGAUGCCAACCAGAUAUCUCAACUGGGCCACGAAUGAGCCACAGCCUGACAAACACUGCGGCUUCAAGAUUGAAGGGGAAGUAAAGUGGAGGAGUGAGGAAUGUGACGACGUUCAUCCUUUCGUGUGUUUCGACGAGAGCGUGCUCCUGGUGCAGCAUAAUAAGACCUGGGAGGAGGCGUUAGACCACUGCAGGUGGCUUUGGAGGCGAGAAGAGUCCUGGAGCCUGCGCUUCGACCUCUCUACUGUGAUCAGUCAAAAUGAUGUCACCAACGCACGAGAGAUGGCUCAAUAUGCCACUACUGAGGAGGUGUGGACGGGCCUGCGUUUCCUGGCUGGACACUGGUGGUGGGUGGGUGGAGAGCCGGCGGAGUGGACCAAACUGCCCAGCUGUCGAGUCCUGUGGCAUCCUGGACAAACAUGGCAAUUUGAAGAUCAGCGACUGCGCAGAGAGACGAAACUUCAUCUGUGACAAGUUGCCCCGCAAAAAAAUCAUUGACAAUUAGGUCCAGCAAUAAAUAUUUCAACUAUAAUUAAAUAAAUUUGCACUUUCUGUUACUCAAUUGUGUGACACAUCAUAGAUAAGAAACAUUUAAACUCAUGACGUUACUUUGAAGCAUUAGUUAUACAUAUUAGUAAUACUCACUUUGUACAGAAAACAUUAAUCCACAACAAGUAUAUUAACACAAACUGUCUUUGAGCAAAGUUGUGACAUAUUCUUCUAUCAUUCUCUCAUUGUGAUGAUUUUGACUUUCCCUGGUUUCCAUUAUUAGAACUUGUUGAGUUUGUUUUAUGUGCUUUGGGUUAUAUUAUCAGUCUGUUUUGUGUUGUAAAUCCGUUGUUUUCUGCAUCCAAUGUUGAAAAUGCAUUGCUUUUUUGUUUGGAGAGACAGAAAGAGAAAAAAAAACUGAUGGAGUUCCUCCCUGACCCUUCUGUGUAUCUCUGAUCCCUCCUGCUGUUCCCAUUUCUUCGUGAGUCGAUCGCCACCCUCACAUCACGUUUCUAAUUUUCUACUUCACUGACCACCUCUUGUCUCCUGCUCCUUGCCACUGUAAACAGCAUCUCCCUGUCUGUCUGUGCUUCUUCGGUUACCUCCUGCCCGUCCUCUCAUCCCUGCCUCCAUUCACGUCCUGGAGCUGACCCUGUCAAUAAACUUCUUGAAACCGUUC